GCGCUUUUUCUUACAUCUCUUGGAUUUCUGACAGUUUGUUAGUAUCGUGCAAUUAUAUACUGGAAUUUACGAUGUCGGAAAAAGAGUUCACGUACGACCGGAUCGAUAUGGAUCGCCCCUCCUUUCGGCUGAUCCGACUCCUGGGCGGAGCCACUACAUAUAUCCAUUGCGAGCUUUUUGAAGCCUACCUCGAUGAAUCUAAGGAUGGCGGGAUACCUUACGAUGCCUUAUCUUAUACCUGGGGUGACAUUGAAAAGAGUGCCAUAAUUCAGAUCAACGGCAUGAAAGCAAGAGUGACUGAAAAUCUAUUCAUAGCCCUGCACCAUCUUCGCCCAGUGGAUGGUUACAGAGUUCUAUGGAUCGAUGCUGUGUGUAUCGAUCAAGGCGACGAAAAAGAAAAAGGCCACCAGGUUCAACAGAUGGGAGAAAUCUAUCAAACCGCAGAAAGAGUGAUUAUCUGGCUAGGUACUGGAUCUGAAGAUAGUGACAAUCUGAUGGAAUUUCUCAGGACGCUGUCGUCGAAUGCCGAAGUGCACUCAACGAGCCAACUUGUGCCUCGUAAUCUGCAGGACCGAUAUCGUGAGUCGAUGAGAAAACUUCUAGAGCGGCCAUGGUUCAGGCGGGUUUGGAUUAUACAAGAGGUUGCUAAGGCACGGAGAGCAAUUAUUGCUUGCGGGUGGAAAUCUGUUUCAACGCGGGUCUUCACCAAGGCACCGUCACUUCUUGGACUAGAACUUGAUCCUCACUCCAAAGCCAUCUUGGAUGUCAUGCCUGGCCAUCUUCGAGCAACAAAUUGGUACACGCAACAGCCGACAUUACACACACUUCUACAGAAUUUUCAUAGAAGCGAAGCGACUGACAAGCGAGAUAUGAUAUAUGCCUUGCUUGGCAUGUCAUCAAGUGUGUACGAACGAAGUAAAUUGCAGGCAGAUUACACAAAGAACUUACAGGAACUUAUACGGAGUACCACAUCUACGUUACUCUUCCCAGGACGCACCGAGUCUCCUGACCUGUACUAUAUCGACUGGGGCUGGUCUGAAUUUAUUGACAAUCUAAAAUAUUUACGCAGCGCAGCGUUCUUGUGUGCCUUAAAACAUUCAACAUCAGAACCAGAGCGGUUCAUUAGCUGCAGUUGGGACGGACCUAAGUGGGUUGAUUUUGCUGUAGAGUGCAAAGACAUACGAGAUCAUCCAGCUUUCGUGAUAGCAGCAGAAUAUGGUCAUGAGGGCAUUUUAAAAGCAUUGCUUGAGCAGGAUAGAAUCGACAUCAAUGCGAAGGAUGACUAUGGAGGGACACCUUUGUGGACGGCGGCGCGACGGGGUCUCGAGGGCCUUGUAAGGCUGCUAGUUGAGCAAGAUAGGAUCGACAUUAAUGCAAAGGAUAACAAUGGAANGACACCUUUAUGGACGGCGGCACAAGGGGGCCACGAGGGCGUUGUAAGGCUGCUGGUUGAGCAAGAUAGCAUCAACAUCAAUGCGAAGGACAACCAUGGAAAGACACCUUUACAGGUAGCGGCACGAACGGGCCACGAGGGCGUUGUGAGACUGCUAGCUAUGUUCGGCAGACGAAAAUCAUAGGCAUUUCAUAGAAACGAGAUAGGAUAAUGCUGUAUUGAGAAG